UGCGACCGAUCCAUAAUUUUCCUUGAUCGAUCCAAUUCCAUCAUGGAUGUAUUCUAUGCUUAUACCUACUCCACAGCGGGAUGGCUCUCACUGCAGAGCAUAUCCUUGAUCACCGUCCCGCAGAUCAUGACAACCUUGCUGUUGGACGAGACCAGAUCGGCUUCUGUCCUAACGGUGAUGCUGACGGAUCGAUCCCUUUGAACUCCACGGUGUCGGAGCCAGUGACCACAGAAGACAGCGAUCCCAAGGGACCAUAUGCCGUCCCCACAUUGAUCGUAACAGGGCUUUUCCAGGGAUUUUCUGCCUUCUACGCGUAUACCCGGUACUUGUCCUCGGGUCACACUGCCUUUGCUAUAGGGAUGAUCGGGUACUCAAUGACGGCCGCCAUUGGGCUCUGGUGUGUACUCUUUGCCAGCAGUAAUGGGAAGAUUAGUCGGAAGACGGGAGCAGACAAGAGAACGGCAGGAUUUCCAUUCAAAAACACGGAGGCAGCUAAGAAACAUGCGUGGAAGAAAAGCUCAUGA